AUGAAGGAAGGAGUACCGGGACCGUUUGGCGAAUCUCCAAGAAAGAGAAAUCCAUCGGGAAAGUUCGUUGGAUCUUCGCAAAGGAUGAUGAUCGUAAACCUGUACGAAAAUCUGAAGGUGGACCAUCCGGAAAUGAGAUACAGACCUAUGUUACAAAUGAUAUCUAGACAGACUGGAACCGGUCAAGUAACAAUUUCCAAGACUCUGUCUGAAUAUAAGGCUACAGGAAGCGUGACGUCCCCAUAUAAAAAGAGACCGCGGAAGAACAUUUUGGAGAAGACGUCCGACGAAGAUAUACUGGCCAUAAGGAGGAAGGUUCGUGAGUUUUGGUUGCGACGGGAAAUUCCAAACGGUAAGAAAAUAUUGGAAGCUGUGAACCUGGAUCCAGCGCUUCCAAAUUUUAGCCGAACAUCGCUAUACCGCCUUUUAAAGCGAAUGGAUUUCAAAUAUAUGGUUAGCGCGCGCAAUAACGCGCUCAUAGAGAACGAAAACAUCAUCGCCUGGAGGCAGGAAUACAUAGAAAAUAUCCAACAAUAUCGUGCUGAAGGACGGCCAAUUUAUUACCUCGACGAAUCGUGGAUAAACGCAGGAGAUGUCCGAAAAAAACUUUGGGUGGACACUUCUGUUACCUGCCCCGCAAACGCAGAAGAAAGGGGCCUGUUCACGGGCAUACGACCCCCCGCAAAUAGAGGCAAACGCCUAAUAAUAGGACAUGUCGGGUCAGCAGAUGGGUUCGUACCCGGAACCCUCCUUUGUUUCCAAUCGAAAAGAAAUUGUGAAGACUACCACGGAGAAAUGAAUGGUGUUGUAUUUUUCGAAUGGUUUCGUACAUUUUUGCCCAUGCUACGGGAUGGAGCUGUAAUAGUGAUGGACAAUGCUCCAUACCACAGCACCAAACUCGAAAAAUUUCCCACCAUGGGGUGGAAGAAAAAUGAUAUUAUCGAGUGGCUAAUUAGGAAGGGGGAAAUCGUUCAACCACAGUAUGUCAAAACACGGCUGCUGCAAUUGUCGUACAAGUACAGGCGCUAUGAAUACGUUAUCGACGAAUACGCCAAGCAGCACGGGCAUACUGUGGUACGCCUACCCCCUUAUCAUUGCGAGUUAAACCCUAUCGAGCUAGCCUGGGCUCAAAUUAAAAAUUACAUAAAGACUCGAAAUACCACGUACAAACUGGAUGAUGUACAGAGAUUACUGUACGAAGACGUAGAAGAUGUGACCGCUGAGUCGUGGCAAAAUUUUAUUCGCCAUACUAGAGACGAAGAAAACAGAUUCCUAGAAAUAGACCACAUAACAGACAAUAUGCUGGACCAAGAAAGUGCUCCGCCUCUUCCUCUACCUCCUCCAAACAUAUCUUACAUAUACCCUACAUAUGUCAUAAUUGCUGUUUAA